UAAUCCUCUCCCCUCUCUCUCUUCGCUUCUCUCUCCUCCCCCUCUCUCUCUCUUCGCUUCUCUCUCUCUCUCUCUCUCUCUCUCUCUCUAAGUGGGCGACCACCGGCGGCAACUCCUUGUCAACCUCCGGUAAGGUCCAGAUUCCGGCCACAGCCUUUCCGAUCUAAUUUAUUUUCGCAAUAUUAAUCCUUGUUUUGGUGCCCAUACACCCUUUGAUUAUUUACUCCCUUAUUUUCAAUUUCCUUCGCCCAAAACCAAAUUCCCGAUUUUAAGUUUUAACCGCUGCUUACCCCUAAAACAUUUUCACUUUUCACCAUUUUACCGUAUAACCCCCAACCUUUUCUUUUCUCCUUUAAUUCAAAGAGAGAGAGAGAGAGAGAGAGAGAAAUAAGGUGAGGAGAGAGAGUACGUCUGAGUGGUCCGGACUCCGGAGGAAUAUUAAAAAAAAAACGUUGAUUUCUGUGAGCUGACGUGGCAUGCAUCGAGCGAGGCAUGAGUACGACAGCGACGAUGAGCAAUCAGGACCGUCGAUUUCUGAAUCAUGCGCUCGUGGGCCCCUCAGUUAAGCGCAAGGAGAGAGACGGUUUCGACGAUCCGAAACCGAAGCAAGCGCGGCUUGGCAUUCCCGGACCCGGCUCGCCGGCGCCGGCUCCCGAGCCGGCUUCGAGGAAUCAGCUCCUGGCGGGGUAUCUAGCUCACGAGUUCCUCACGAAGGGCACUCUGUUCGGCCAGCCGUGGGACCCGGCUCGAGCCGAGGCUGUGCCCGUGUCAGCCGAUUCGAGGAGGCUGAAGCUGUCAGGGCAGAAAUUCAAAGCCGAGAUGAGUUCGAGAGCCGAGCCGCAGGUGGAGAGGAAUCAAAGGUACGUCGAAGUAGCGGAUCUACUCAAGACUGACGGGGCCCACUUUCCAGGUAUCGUCAACCCUACCCAACUCGCGCGUUCCCUGCAGCUGUGACGCGGGCUUUGCCGGGUACGCUCGCACACGUGGAAUAUCUUCAUUGGUCCGUUCUUCCUCCACUAAACGAAACCAGUUAUCCAUUUCUUUCUCUUCUCUCUCUCUCUCUAAAAUGCAGGGCCCUUUUGUAGUUUUGUUAUGUACUGUAUAUGUGAUGUAAUUGCAUGUAAGCUAGCAUGCGAGUAUGUGAAAAACAUGAUACGAAUUCCAGGUGAAGUAGAAUUAGGAAGAAUGGAUGGUUAAAUUUCAUGAUUCGUGAAUUUGAUAAAUCAAAAAGUGCACUACAA